AUGACCGCGGACUUCAGCAUCGUGUUCGAUGGCAACAACAAGCACGAACCGCUAGGCUUCGCGGAUGUGUCAUGGGCGAGUGAUUUGGAUUCGCGUCGCUCGACAACGGGCUACGUAUUCUUCAUAAACAACAGUGUGGUUUCAUGGAAGUCGAAGCGGCAGCCGACGGUGGCAACGUCAAGCACCGAGGCAGAGUACAUGGCGUCGUACUCUGCGACACAAGAGGCGGUAUGGCUGCAUUUGCUGCUUUCGAAUAGGGGUAUUGUACCAGAAGCGGGAACGACAAUCUAUGAAGAUAACCAAGGCUGCAUUACCCUUCAAAGAACCCGGUGUUUCACUCAAGAAAAAAACACAUCGACAUCAAAUUUCAUUUUCUUCGCGAAAAAGGUUGUGGAAGAUGUCAUUGAGCUCGAGUAUGUACCUACGGAUCAAAUGGUUGCAGACGGCUUAACGAAAGAGCUCGGGCGUGUCAAACAUGAGAAGUUUCUCAAAGGUCUUCAUCUUGAAACUUAG